UCUCAAUAGCCUUUCUACUUAAUAAUAAUAGUAGCAAAUUUGUAAAUUUCAUGUACUCUGUCCUGUCCACUGGAAAACACAGAAACCUUAUCUCAUACCACAAACACCAGCACCAAAUUACUACUCCAGCAAAAGAUAGAGAAACCUCAAUGACAACGAAAGCAGAGCUGGUUUUCAUUCCUGCGCCGGGAGCUGGCCACCUCAUCUCCGCCGUCGAAAUCGCAAAGCUCAUUCUUGACAGAGAUGAGAGGCUCUGCAUCUCUGUCCUUAUCAUGAAGCUUCCCAUGGAUUUGGGCACUCAAUCCUACGUCGAGUCCCUCUCUUCUACAGCCCGCUUACAGUUCGUAGACAUUACCGCAGACGAGAAAACUGCUGCUGAAUUAAUAUCAAAUAAGGAGACUUUCUUCUUAGAUUUCAUUCGAGGUCACAAACCAAAAGUAAUUGACUUUGUUCAUAACAUGACCUCUAAUUCUCGGCUCGCAGGCUUCGUUCUUGACAUGUUCUGCAUUCCCAUGAUAGACGUGGCCAAUGAAUUUAGUGUUCCGAGUUACAUUUUCUUUACAUCUAGUGCUUCUUUCCUUGCUCUCUGCCUUCAUUUUGAGUCCCUUAAAAAGGAGCACAAUAUAGACACCUCCAAGUACAUGGACUCAAAUGAGGAAUUGGCAAUCCCUGGAUUUAAAAAACCGUAUCCUGCAAAACUCUUGCCUAGGGUAACGACUGAUCAAUCAGCCGUAAUAACCAUGUUCUUCGAUUUCGUGACUCGUUAUAAAGAAACGAAAGGCAUUAUGGUCAACACCUUCGCCGAGCUAGAACCUUUUGCUCUUCAGUUUCUUUCAGGUUCGAAGAAAGUUCCGAAAAUUUACCCAGUUGGUCCUGUGGUGAAUAUUAAGGAAGGUGGUCACGGUCGAAACAGCCAAUCUGAAACAGAAAGCAUUAUCAAAUGGUUGGAUGACAAGCCAGAGUCCUCUGUAGUGUUUUUGUGCUUUGGAAGUAUGGGAAGCUUUGAACCUGAACAGGUCAAAGAAAUUGCGAUUGCAUUAGAAUGUAGCGGUCACAGGUUCUUAUGGUCGUUACGAAAACCUCCACCUAAGGGAAAAAUGGAGCUACCGAGUAAUUAUGAGAAUUUUGAGGAAGUGCUACCGGAAGGGUUUAUUGAAAGGACAAAUGGAGUUGGCAAAGUGAUAGGAUGGGCACCUCAAGUAACGGUGCUAUCUCAUCCAGCGGUGGGCGGAUUUGUGUCUCAUUGUGGAUGGAAUUCUAUACUGGAAAGCUUCUGCUUUGGGGUCCCUAUGGCCACUUGGCCUCAUCAUGCCGAACAGCAGAUGAAUGCAUUCGCGCUGGUUAAAGAAUUGGAAUUGGCAGUGGAGAUUCGGAUGGACUAUGUUAAGGAUUUUCAAGGGAAAAAUCCUGUUGACAUUGUAACUGCUGAGGAAAUUGAAAGUGGCAUACGUCAGCUGAUGGCAGAUGGCGACCAUAAUGGAAUAAGGAAAAAAGCAAAGGAGAUGAAAGAGAAGAGCAGUGCAACAAUGAAGGAGGGUGGUUCAUCCUAUGCAUCUCUUGGGCUUCUAAUUGAGAAUGUCAUUAGUAACAUUUCUUGAUCAUUUUGCUCUAUCCUUUUUUUAAAUUUUUUUUUUAUUGGGCGAUUUGGGGAAAUGACGAUAAAGAAGGCGAGAAUUGGACUUACACAUGUUAUUUUCACCUGUAGUACAAGAUAAUUUAUCAUAUUUUCAAGAUUAUAAAUCUCACAUUAGCUUAAUUGUAGAUUUCUUUUA